AUGCGGCUACAUACCGUUGCGCUGAGCCUCCUGGCGCUCCCCUGCUGGCUCACCGUUGUUUCUGCGACCGCUUUAACGUACAAACUCGAUGCAAGCGAAAAGGCAUGCUUCUACACCUAUGUCGAAAGCCCGCCAGCCAAGGUUGCGUUUUAUUUUGCGGUACAAUCGGGAGGCUCCUUUGAUGUCGAUUACUCAGUCGUCGGCCCCAACGAGAAGGUGAUCAUGGAAGGUUCAAAGGAGAGACAGGGCGAUUUCGUCUUCAGUGCCGAGACGGUGGGCGAGUACCGGUUCUGCUUUGACAAUGACAUGUCGACGUUUGCGGAGAAGUUGGUGGAUUUUGAGAUUACGGUUGAGAAUGAAGAAAGAGCCAAACUCCCUUCGAAACAAGGAGCACCACCUGAACAAGCGUCCGCGCUGGAGGAAUCCAUCUUUAAGAUCUCAGGCCAGCUGUCGACGAUCAGUCGGAACCAAAAGUACUUCCGGACACGUGAGAAUCGAAAUUUCAGCACUGUGCGCAGUACUGAGCAGCGGAUUUUCAAUUUCAGUGUUAUCGAGGGCCUAAUGAUGAUGACUAUGGCGGCGCUUCAAGUGUUUAUUGUUAGAUUCUUUUUCCAGGGCGCUAGAAAGGGCUACGUAUGA